AUGGUGUGUGACUAUCUCGAGAACGAGUGCGAUGCCUGCGACCCCUGCGAUGCCUGUGACGUUUCUUGUGACGUUGCCUGCGACGCUACUGGCGAUGACGACCGCGGGUGUUGCGGGACCUGGCAGACGUGGAAGGCGGCAACAGGGAAAGGAGGAACAGCAGGAGCAGCAGCAGCAGCAGCAGCAGCAGCAGCAGCAGCAGCAGCAGCAGCAGCAGCAGCAGCAGGAGCAAGAGCAGCAGCAGAAGCAGCGGUUGCGAACGCGCGUAACCAUCCCCAUGGACGACGGGUUACAGAGUCUCGGGCAUUUGGAGCAUCGGACAGCUUUGAACGCCUUGCUUCAUUGGUCGAGACCCUCAGCUGUUGUGAGACGCCAGAGGAGUGUGCAGUGCUUGAGAUCGUCUCUGCUGCCAUGAAACACGCUCCCACCACCACACCUGUUGACGUGUGCCAUGCUCACUGGAAGUGCUUCAACGGCUUCCCUCAUGGCUGCCAUGACUACUGCGACGUCAUUCUUCAACCAUCCUCCCCCAACCGUCUGCCCAGCCGUUUAAUAAUCGACCCCGAUUUCCGGGCACAGUUCCAAAUCGCCCAUCGCACACUGCACUACGAUUUCAUCCUCCAGCUGACCCCACUUUUUUUUGUGGGCUGCCCGGACCGGCUGCACCAGCUGGUGAAAGUUUUGUGCGAGGCGGUGUGGCAGUCGAUCCACGCACAGGGGAUGCACGUACCACCGUGGCGCAGGCACCAAUACCAAUGCAGGAGCGCCCUGCCAGGCGGCAGAGGAGGAGGAGGAGGAGGAGCAGAGGUGGUGGGACUGCUGGCGAAAGGGAUGCGGCAGCUGGCUUUACAAGGGGAAGCGGAGAAGCAGCAGCGGGUGGCGAUUCUAACAACUCGAAAUCCUGGCGAUGUUCACAGCUCUGCAGCAACGUCUGGUGCAUGUGAACAUGCUGCUGCUGGGUGCGUGAGGAUGCCAUGA